AGUCCAACUGUCGCAGAAUGUGGAAAUAUGGAUUCUGUGGAACCCAAGUCUCUCCGCAACGAAGAUACUCUUCUGUACGGCCUGUGAAUCCACAGGAUGAAUUUCAAAUGAAGUACUGGUACAUAAUGUCCUACUGGAACGCACCUAUAGAUAUCACUUACCCUACUCCUCCUUAUAUAUCUCUACGGGAAGACAUUGGACUUGCUCAGGAUCCUCCUCCACCGCGGCGCAGGCAGUUCUUGGAUAUGAUACGGAAAUUUAACUCAAAUGAUAUUAAACUCGUAACUUUCGGUAUUGUAGCACUUGAGAAUGAUGGCUAUAGUAAGGUGGGCAAAGAACUCCCAACAUCAAUUCGGGAUAGUAAUCAGAAAUGGCUUGUGUGCGAAAAUGGAUAUCUUAUAGCAAAGUAUUUGCCAGGUCCAGAAAUUGACAAAAAAGCUUCAUUUAAAAUCUCUUACUAUGCGCCAAUUGUAAACGGAAAGAAGCCCAUUACUUUGAAACUUGAAAGUCGGUACCUUUCAUGUCAGUCAGGCAACUUAACACUACAGAGCGCAAAUGAUGAAAACUUAAACAAUAUAAAUUCCAGCAAUGCACAAUUCCUGUUUUUCCAAAUUGACACGAACAACGUCUACAAUGAGAUCGCACCUGCUACAGCCCCGCAGUCACUUGUCUGCACCUUGGCGCAAAAUAACAGCCCUGUUAUAGUGGAAUCGGCCGACACAAACACCCUACAGACCGAGUUUGUGUUCUCCGGAGAAUUGUAUGGGUCGCUGCUCGAUGUUGGUCAAAAGAGAAUAUCUUUACAACCACUUAAGAGAGAAAUGUAUUUUUGGGAAGAAUCUCAGAAAUGUUUUCCCAAACAGAAUUAAAUUGUU